CGAAGGUGUCCACAUUUCAUAUGCAAAACUCGCCGAAGAUUAGGUCUUCAAUCAAGUAAAGAGGCUGAUGCUGCAAUAUUAAUACGUUUGUAACAUAUGAAACUGAUUGCAUGACAUGCUUUGUUUUUUUUUAUUUUUAUGUCAGGUAUAUUUUUGGUUUAUUAAGACAUACUGUGUUCCUGCUGGUCUUGUGUCCCCAGAGAACUGAGCAGCUGGAGACACCUAGCCACAGCACCAUGAGAUGACAGAGAUUGACAGAGGCUCCCCUUCCGUUUCUGCCUGUACAGCCCUGGACAUAUGGCAAGGUACCUAGACACGGCUGAAAACAUGGCGGCGACAGACACCGAGGACGCCAGCCUGAAUUUCGGAGUGGUGGUUGACUGUGGCAGUAGUGGCUCUCGUGUUUUUGUCUAUUACUGGCCUCCCCACAACGGAAACCACCACUCACUGCUUGACAUUUGACAGAUGAAGGACCGAAACCGUAUACCAGUGGUCAAAAAGAUUAAACCAGGGUGACUGGAGAUGGGACAGGCAUGAGUGCGGCAUCCCCAUCCCUGGACCCCUGCCUCCCUGUAGGGCUGAUGGACUCUGUGCAGCGGGAUGGGCAGACAGUGUUCCUGCGGGGUCAGGGGGACUGCUCGAGGUGCCAGGAGGUUGUGAGACCUUUCCUUGGGAAGACAGACAGCAGCACCUCUUCCUCACUUGGGGGAGUCUACCAGGCACCCAUCAACUUCUACAGCUUCUCUGAGUUCUGCUACUGCAAAGAGGACGUGCUGUGCAUUGGGGGUCACUACAGCAGCACCAAAUACACCAGGGCAGCUAUGGAUUAUUGUGCCACCAAGUGGUCAACUUUAAAACAGCGACUGGACAGCAAGCUUUUCGCUUCCCAGACUGACCUCCACAGGCUUAAGUACCAGUGCUUCAAGUCUGCCUGGAUGUAUGAGGUGCUACAUACAGGUUUUCAGUUCCCGAAGGACUACCCUAACCUGAAAACCACCCAGCUGGUGUAUGACAAAGAGGUGCAGUGGACUCUAGGAGCCAUUCUCUUUAAAACACGAUUCCUACCUCUCAGAGACCUUGAGGUGGAAGCGUUCCGGCAGUCUCACUCAAGCUGGAUUCGCUUCUUCUUUGUCUGUAACCACUACCUGAUCUUCGCCUGUAUCCUGGUGGUGGUGCUCGCAAUUCUCCUGUACGUCCUGCGUCUGCGGCGCAUUCACCAGCGAGAGAAGCGCUCAGCAGCCACUCUGGAUCUGCUGAGGGUGGAGGAGGGGGAGCCGCUGAAAGGCUGAGGGGCCAGCAGGGAAAGAGGGUAGGGGACGGAGGACUGGGGGGGAUUGGGGUAGAGAAAAGGGAUGAGGGAUGGUAGUCAAGUGGAACAUAUGUCAGGGGUGUAGGAGGAAUGUGUCACUUCUUAAUCAUCCCACUGCAGGUUUUCCUGAAAUUUAAUGAGAAUUACAUUCCAGUGUUUUUAUUUUUUCCUAUCGUGGGGAUCAAUUCUACCUGAUGGUAGCAGACUUUUUUAAACUGCAUUUUUCUAGAGACCCGUUGUAAGAUUGUUUUGGAAUCAAUUGUAGAGGAACUGUAAGGGAUGGGUGAAUGUCUGGACUAACUGAAUGAAAUCAGAGAAUAUGGAACUAAAGACUCUGGGCAUGAACUGUUAUGCAGAUGCACUCUGGUUUUACAAGUCUUUACUGCCUAUGUCUUUGUAAAGGACAUUAUACAUUUUAGUAAUUUAAGUUUAAAUAAGUGACAAUUUGUAAUUACCCUGUUGUUAUUAAUAUUGAG